CAAAGAACCCUUUCGUGGCCACCUCAUCUUCAUCCUCCACACGCGCAAUUCCUGCCACACCAAUCGCAAUAUCCAUCCACGCACAACAGGAGGAGAGAGAGAACACACAAAAUGCCCGGCGCAGCGGCGAGCCCAAGCGCUGAUUCAGAAACAACAUACGGAACCCGUUCGAAGGGCCGAACGAAUCGCAUUACGUACCACGAUUCGUCGGAUGAGGAGAUGGGUAUUACCACGGCGCCACGGACUACGACUACAGGCACCGGUACCAAGAGACGGCAAUCGAAGGGUGCGCAGGUGGAAGGGAGUCCAGCGUCAGUAGCGGGGUCCUCGUCGGCCAUUGGAACGCCUGCGACUGAGGAGGAGAGGAAAAGGAGUAAGGGCACGCCGAAGGUCGGGAAGGAUAAGGACGGGCAGGAGAAGGCCAUCCCGAGAUUGUCGUUGAAGAUUGUUGGUAAUGGGUUGAGGCAGAAGAAGGAGACGCCUGGGGCGAAGUACAAACCUGCGCGGUCGGUGGUGUCGAAGGAGGGUGUGGAAAGUUUGACGCUGGAGGAUGGAACAGUGUUGUCAGCGAACGACUCCAUCUACCUUAUAUCAGAGCCACCGGGAGAACCGUACUAUAUCGCAAGAAUCAUGGAGUUCAUUCAUGAGUCCUCGGCUUCGUUGAUGCCUGCACCAGAGACCGACACCCCGAAAACCAAACGCGCAAAGAAAGCCGCAGAGCCGGCAAGCGAUGGCUCAACGAUCACCUCCGUCCGCGUCAACUGGUUCUACCGACCCAAGGACGUCUUAAGGCAGGUUUCCGACUCGCGUAUCCUGUUCGCUACGAUGCAUUCCGAUGUCUGUCCUGUCAACGCCAUCCGCGGAAAAUGCACCGUCAAACACCGCGCUCACAUCGACAACCUCGACGAAUACCGCAAAAUUCCCGACUCCUUCUGGUACGAAAAACUCUUCGACCGCUACAUCCACCGCUACUACGAAGUCGUCCCCACCGAAAAAGUCCUCAACAUCCCCGCCAAGGUCAAAGAAGUUCUCCGCAAACAAUGGGCAUUCGUCGUUGUCGAGGGUGGACGCGGGAAGGAGUUGUGUAUGGAGGAGAGAGGGUGUACGAAGUGUUCCGGGUGGUGUGCGAGUUCGGAUUCGGUGAGGUGUGCGUUGUGUCAUGCAGAUUAUCAUAUGGCGUGUGUUUCGCCGCCGUUGACGAGGAAGCCUGGAAGGGGGUUUGGGUGGACUUGUGCGCCGUGUACGAGGGCUGAGGAGAGGAAGAUGCAGGAGAAUGCGGUGCCGGAGGUGUCGAAGGGUCGCCCGCUACGAGAGGGUGAGGCGGACAAGCUGGAGGCGCAGAAGGCGGCGAGGACGAAGUUCAUCAUGGAGGACGAUCUAAUAUCGAGACCGACCACGUCUGCGACUACGUCGACCAGUGUUCAAGAUGGUGAUUCUGGGACGUUGGCACAGGUGGAGGAGAUCAUGGAGGUCGCGGGUACGAACGUCGGACGAUCAAAGGAUAAGAAGCACGAAGCAGAUUUGUGGCCAUAUCGAUAUCUCGGAAUCCAUUGCAACGUCGAAGAUGUACUGGACUACGACGAUCGGCUUUAUCCGCGCGCUGCGUCCCGUGUCGGAGGUAAACACCAGGCUGUGGUAACGGAGUGGCCAGGACGUCCGUUUGAGCUCAUCGACGUCAAGAAGGAGGUUCUCACCAAGAAGCAGAAGCAGGCGGCAUAUCAGCAGAGAAGGAAGGAGAGGGAUGCCGAGCGAGCUGCUGAGCGGAAAAGAUUGGCCGAGGCGGAAAAGCUUCGUCUGGUCCCCGCGGAAAGUCGGGAGCAGACCGCGACUGUUGAUGGAGGCGAUAGCACGCCUGCUGAUGAAAUUCUUGAUCCCAUCAUGGCCGACUCCUCUGCAUCUUCGAAGCUGGAUGUCCCUACGCCAUGGAUUGUUGAGAAGCCUGCUGGAUACAUCGAGCGUGGUAAUGACGAGACCUCGGAGUUGAUGUUUGUCAAACCUGCAGAAAUGUCUGAGGAUGAGCUUGACCGGAAACUGGCAGAUCUGAUGGAGCGUUUGAAGGGCACGGCGAACCGCCUGAAGUUGUCAGUUAAUUCUACCAAUCUCAUUGACGCCGCGGUCAAUGCGCUGUUCAAGCACGACUUUGAUCCUACCGAGGCAAUCGAAUCUCUGGCCAAGAUCACCAGGAAGUCGAUUGGUGAACCUUCGUUCUCGGUGCAAGAGAAGGAGAACUUCGAGAUUGGUGUUAAGAAGUACGGUAGCGAGAUGUAUUCUGUCUCAAAGGUGGUGGGUACGAAGACUACGGAGCAGUGUGUACGAUAUUGGUAUAUGUGGAAAAAGACACCUGCCGGUCAAAAGAUCUGGAGCAACUACCACGGGCGACGAUCAAAGGCUGAGAAAGCUGAGGCAUCCUCUGAUCGAAACCAGGCCGUUAAGGCUGGUGGACCGGUGGUACGUAUUGACGACAUUGGUGAUUCUUCGGAUGAUUCCUCGUACGAUAAUGGAAAAGCGGUGCAGAAGAAGAAGACAUUCCAGUGUAAGUUCUGUAAUGUUGCAAAGAGCCGGAUUUGGAGGAGAGCGCCGGGGUACUCCGUCGGUCCUCAGGGUGCGAACGUCAUUGCCUUAUGUCAGCGGUGUGCGGAGCUUUGGAGAAGAUAUGGUGUCCAAUGGGAAGAUCCUGAGGAGACAGCGAAGAAGCUUGUGGAUGCCGGUGGUCGUUCGCGCAAAAGGAAGUUCGAGGAGGAGCUAUUGCGUGAGCAGGCCGUGCAUAUGGAGGCUUUGGAGGCAGAAAAGGCCGAAAGGGCAAAGAAGAAGACUAAGGUUGCGAAGGCGGAGGAAGUUGCUACUGCGUCUGGCGACAAGGAGACCCCCGCCAAAGCCAAGCCUGGACUGAAACUGAAGCUUGAAAAGGUGGAAGAAAAGCAUCAUUGUGAUGUCUGCAGAGUGCCUGAGCAGCUUAAGGAUCUGUAUGUUUGUGCACGAUGCAAACUGUCCGUUCACAAGCAGUGCUACGGUGUUGAGGCUGAAAUGGAGGCAAAGAAUUGGCUAUGUGACUGCUGUUUGAACGAACGUUCACCAGAAGCUCUUACGACCUACGAAUGUGUCCUCUGUCCCAUUCGUGAUCAAGAGCUCGAGGGUACGAGACGGAAGCACUCUUACGGUCCUCUUAAGCGGACCGCUGGUAGCAAUUGGGCUCACGUGUUGUGCGCUGCCUUUUUGCCCGAGCUGAAGUUUGCUAAUCCUGUGACUUAUCAGCCAGUGGAAGGUAUCGGAUCUUUGCCAUCUACCAGGUGGACUGCUGAAUGUACCGUCUGCAAGACUACCUCCGGUGCCUGUUCAGAGUGUCACGCAUGCAAGGCUGCGGUGCACGUUGGUUGUGCUGUCCGACAAGGAUGGGCUUUCGGGUUCAACAUUUCGAUGGUCAAGGGUGCUGGAAGGCAUACCGCGACUACUGUGCGUUUUGCUGGCGAUUCCGGUGUGAUGACUGCCGCUUUGUACUGUCCUCAGCACGAUACCAAGAAGAUUUCGCUGCAUCCCAUGAACGAGACCGCACGCGAACAACCAGACACUGCUCUCCAGACGUUCAGCAAGCUAUACAAGGAAGCUGACUUGACUUUGACUGGUUGUAUGCGUAAAGCACAGUUGACGAGCGCCGCGACACAGACUACUCGAAAGAAGGUCAAGGCUAAGCCGGUUGCUCUUGCUGCUGUUUCACCGGCAGCCAAGCCCUCUAUCAAACGAUGCAAGAAGUGCCGCGUGGAUGUCAGUCCAAUGUGGUGGGUUGAGGAAGAAGGUGAUACCAAGGUGGUCUGUCAUCGCUGCCAUUGGGCCAUUACCCACGCGCCUCCGCAAUCAGAGGAUGAUGACAUGGACGUGCAGCCUGCUCCGGUCGUCGAGGAGGAUCCUGAGAAGGCUGAGAUGGAACGUUUGCUGUCAGAGCCUUUGCCCUUGACGCCAUUCCAGCUUCAGGCCAAGCAGUAUGCUGAGCAGAGGGCGCAAGCACAAGCCCAAGCUGAAGCUCAGGCCAAGCUGUUAACUCAGAUGGCACCUCAAGCUCAACCCGCAAGUCAUACGGGCGUUCCUGUCCCUCAACACUAUGCAGCUCCUCAAUAUGUGCACAUGCCGCCGUCCACGCCUGCAUCGCAUGCAACGCACAACGGCUUGUCUGUUCCCGUUCGCUCAGUUGCUCCUGAGCAGCAACAGCAUGCGCAGCCUGCGGUCAAUGGGUAUCACGCGGCGCAACCUGGUCUGUAUCAAUUCCCUGUUCACCACGUGCAGUACUCGGCAUACUCUCCUCACCAGCAAUAUGAGGUUCACACGAUUCACGAUAUCCAGAGAGCACAGGCUGCUCAGGGAUUGGCUGCGUUGACUUCUACGGCUGCUGAGGCGCAGCCUUUACCGGUGCCUCAGCAUUAUUCGCAUCCAAGUCCGAUGCCUCCGCCCAACGGGACACCGAACCGGCAUUGAGAUGAUAUGACGUGUGACUAGUUAUUUUACUUUUUUGGCGUUUUGGACUUCGGGUCAUAGUAUGAUAGCUUUAAUCUUCAGUAUAGGAGCCGUAUGAUAGCCAAAAUGCCUCGGUCAUGGCUGUGGAUUGUCGAUGAUAUGCUACGAAAUAAUUAGGAGAAUUCUAUCCUCAUUUCCGUUCAUCACCAAAUGUCGAAUGAUUAAGGAUUCAAGCUGGAUCGAAGGUGUUGCGGGGUGUG